CCUGAUCGUGCAAACACUAAAAUGCCAGAUAGCCUCCUAAAGUAAUCAUGUAUUCACAAGAUACGUUGCCGUCGCAUAGCAACGACUCCAUUGUCCUUCGCUUAUUGGCUGAACUGAUGGGUUUGACAGGAAGUGGAGCAGAGACGAAGAGGCUGGAAAUAGGAGCUCUAAGGGGCAGUUUGGAGGAACUGCUAUAUGGCGACUUCGGAUUGGGCGAAAUGAACUUCACUGAGUUUGAUGAGUGAUUCAGUGCUUGCAGUACCGUGGCCUAGAACCAUGGUAGAUGUGCCCAAUCCAUUUAACCCUUUGCCUUCAUUGGGGGAAAUAGGAUCGGACAGCCCUCUGUGUGGAGAUCUGAUCAAGGAAAUGGAGGAGCUUGAGGACAUCUCUCGAUCCUUCAGCGAUGACCCCUUCAACACGAUAUACCUUCCUGACAUCCAGGAAUCCAGCACAAGUUCCAACAGCUCUGCUACUCUCGAUGUUUUGAGCCCAGCCUCUAGUCCGUCUUCAGCAACCUGUGGAGCAGUCACAGGACAAGAUGAGAUCAACCCCAGCCCCUUAAACCUUGAGUGCCGUGUAUGUGCUGAUCGUGCCUCAGGCUUCCACUAUGGUGUGCAUGCCUGCGAGGGGUGUAAGGGCUUCUUCAGGAGAACCAUACGCCUGAAGCUGGAGUACGACAAGUGUGAGCGCAACUGUAAGAUCCAGAAGAAGAACCGGAACAAGUGCCAGUACUGUCGUUUUCACAAGUGCCUCGCUGUGGGCAUGUCUCACAACGCCAUUCGUUUUGGGAGGAUGCCACAGUCUGAGAAGCUGAAGCUCAGAGCAGAACUGCAGAUCCCUGAGAAAAAGGAGAGGAAGAUGCAGCUGGAUGACUGGAAGACUCUGGCCAGCCAAAUCCAUGAGGCCUAUCUUAAACAAUUCCACCUGAAUAAGGCUAAAGCACGAGGUUUUCUCACUGGCAAGACCGACAUGCCACCUUUUGUCAUUCAUGACCUGGAAACAUUACAGCAGGCACAGCCUGUUCUGGUCACUCAAAUGCUGAGUGAGGGAAGAGAGGACUUUGCAGUUGUUCAGGGGCAGGAGACUGAGGACCGCAUCUUCCACUGCUGUCAGUACAUAUCGGUUGAGACGGUCACGCAGCUUACUGAGUUUGCAAAAGCUGUGCCUGGUUUCCCUAGCCUCGACCUCAAUGACCAGGUGACACUGUUAAAGUAUGGAGUGCAUGAAGCUUUCUUUGCCCUGCUGGCAUCAUGCAUGAACAAGGAUGGGAUGCUGGUGGCACGGGGCAGCGGCUUCAUUACCCGUGAGUUUCUUAAGAGUCUCCGCAAGCCUUUCAGUGAUAUGAUAGAAUCCAAGUUCCAGUUUGCCAUGCGAUUCAAUGCUCUGGAGCUGGAUGACAGUGACCUGGCACUGUUUGUGGCUGCCAUUAUCUGCUGUGGCGCUGAGGAGGAAAACCUGGACAUGCUGCUCUCCUUAUUUAAGGAAAGUCAGGAAUCAGAGAAUUCCUCUUCCAAAGAAGAAGAUAACUUUGAUGGUCUGUUUGAUGAGGAUGAUGGUGAAGACGCUGAAGGCUAUGCUGAGCCAGAGGAGAACGAGGAUGUGACGUUGGAAAAUUUGGACACAGGAGAACAAAGUGAGCACAACAUAUCCAAAGAGGACUUGGAAGCUGAGUUGGGGAACAUGCGAGAGAAGAUGCAAAAGCUUCAGCAGCAGCUGGAGGUAUUCCAAAAGUGUACGUCUGUCUCCCAGCCCAAACACAGAGAAGACAACACUUCCUCACAAAAGCAGACAAGCACCAAGAGUUCACCAGCAAUCCAGCAAAAGAUCACGACUCUGACUUCACCUAAGCAGAGCAGCAGUCAAAUCAAACCAAAUCAUAGCAACAAGAAACCCCAGAAAACAGCUACAGUGCUUUCCUUAGCCAAGAUCUCAGAGGCAGAGCUGCCUGGAAAAGUGCAGAGCAAGCAGAGGACUGCACACCAUCACAAAACAGCCUCUACGGAAAACCAGAAUUUUUUGGGUCAUGCUGUGAGUGACAAGUUGUCACAGCCCAUGAGAAGUAGCAGUACAGUCAACAACACAGUGAUGUCACCACCAACUAGUAAAAGUGCUGCCGUGUCUCCUCCCAUUGCGAGACAGGCCACACCCAGACCGUCUGUCACUCAGGAUGUUACUGUGGAGAAAUUCUCAGGUCUCAGACUCAGGAGACCUCGACUGUCCUCAGUAGAAAUCGAACACAAAAUGGCAAACCGCAGGAUGAUCCGGCUUUCGCAGCUGCCCGAUCGACUGACUCGGGAAAAUCUAGAGGACAGUGACUGGGUCACGUUUGCUGUGCUGAUAAAUAAAAUCACCCCACAAAGCAAGAAUAAUGGGAAAACCUUCAGUAUCUGGAAGCUGAAUGACCUUCAUAACCUAGAUGUGACCGUAUCACUUUUCCUCUUCGGGAGUGUUCACUCAGACCUGUGGAAGACUGACACUGGGACAGUGAUUGGUGUCCUCAACCCCAAUCAAAUGAAGAACAAAGACGGCUCCAGUGAGCUUUGCCUCACAGUUGAUCACCCACAGAAGGUUCUGAUGUUGGGAGAAGCCAUGGAUUUUGGUACUUGCAAGGCCAAAAAGAAAAAUGGUGAUUCCUGCACACAGCUAGUUAACUUGUAUGAGUGCCAGUACUGCCAGUACCACGUUAAAGCACAGUACAAGAAAAUGAGCUCGAAGAGGGCCGAGCUUCAGUCCAGUUACACAGGCAUUGCCCCACGUAAAGGAAAAGGUCGUGGAAGUUUAAAAGAACGCCUGUGCCAAAGUGACUUCCAUUACGGGGGUCUGUCAUCACUUGCAUGUGCGCCAUCAAUGACUUCCCCACAGCCUAUGAAACAGCCAUCUAUUCAGGCAGUUUUGGCCUCUAUCCCUAACAAGAAUCUUGCCAUUAGUUCAGGUGAGGUGACGGGAUGCUCUGAUGACUUCAGAAGCUUAAUAGCUAUGCCUACACCAGGAGCUCUAAAUAUAAAGAGACAUCUAGGACAAAAUAAGCCGAAAGACAUUUCUGGAUCAUCGGUUCAGUCCAUCUCCGCAACUGAACUGCUCAAGCAACAAAAAGCACUUCACCAGCAAAGGUUUCAGGCCAGGCAGAAGAGGGCAGAGGAAAUCCAGAAAAGGGUGCUGCAAAACAAAGGAGGUUCUGCGAUUACAUCUAGACCCUCCUUGAACAUUACAAAAACGCCCUCUCCAAGAGCAGCUUCAGAGGUUCCCAAAGGCUACUCUCCACCUAAACCUGGCCUCUCCACUCCUCCUGUACCCACUUUGGGACGAGGCUACACAGAGGGAGAGGAUAUUCUACUAGACAUGUCACCUCCUCCAUGCUCAAAAAGCAUCUCAGCUGCAAAACUGGCUGCAGUCAAAAAGCUCCAAGCAAAAGGAGUCGCACUUAUUAAAGAUGACCCUAACGCGGUGAAGCGCAAGCGACCCAACAGCAAUGACCUCAGAGCACGAGUGGAGCACAGCCUAGCUUCACCUGAAGGGGAGAACAGAGCAGAGAAGGAGACCGAAGAGCCAGCUCAGAAGAAGAGGCGUGAACAGCUAGAUUAUAUCCAGUCUGAGGAGUUCCAGCGCAUUCUGAAUGCCAAGUCUACAAACUCCUGGAUAAUGGGAGAGAUGGAAGAGAAGGCCAUGCAGGAUUACUUUGAGCCACUAGUACAGAAAGAGAAGUUAGAGGAGAAGAUGAAGAGCAUCAGGGAGAUGAAGUGUCGAGCAGUCACCUGCAAAACCUGUAAGUACACACACUUCAAACCAGCUGAGCGCUGUGUAGAGGAGAAGCACGAUUACCAUUGGCAUGAUGCUGUCAAGCGUUUCUUCAAAUGCCCUUGUGGCCAGAGGAAGAUCAGCCUGAGCCGGUUCCCAACUGCAGCCUGCAGCAACUGUGGUGUGUUCAAGUGGGAGAGAGACGGCAUGUUAAAGGAAAAAAACGGACCAAAAAUUGGAGGCGAGCUGCUGCUGCCGCGUGGUGAAGAGCAAUCCAAAUUCCUCAAUAGUCUGAAAUAAAGUCAGCAGUCUGGUUUCUGCUAUCUGACUCGUUCCCACAGCACUCCUCUUCACACACACUGCUUAGGGAGCUUUUUUAUUACAGUGCACGGUGUUGAAACUGGAAACGUCUCGAUUUUCCCUGAGCCAGGCAGUGACUGACGUGCUGCUAAUUCACAGCUUUUCGCAUUCGCACACAAGGCUUGAAUGCAUUACUAAUAUAAAUUGUUGCAAUUUGUGUUUUUAUCUUUUUUUAUGUGUAUAUCUUAUGGAUUUUAAUAACGUGCUAUAUUUUAAAGCAUUUUUCUAAGUUUCACUUAGAAUCAUGUAGCUGUGAUAUAAUGCUUAAAUUAAACUAGCUUGAGUACUGAUAGGUUUCUGUAAUUGUUUUUCCAUUACCAGUAUAAAUCUCACAAUCAUGAACAGUGGCUUGACCAUGACAGCUAAAGUACUUCCUAUCUACUAGUACUUGUUAUCUAAGUGAACUUUACUACCUGUGCAUGUCUCAGCUUAAAAGAUCGUAAGCAAUGAGUUUUUUACCUGUCAUACAGAUUUUUAAGGGAUAAUGGGCAGAAACACUGCUUCAGCAGUCAAUAAUCCUGACAAUAAAAUGGGCCAAUCUACUGUCUAUGCUUUCAAUUCUGCAGAUCUGUGCUGGGAAACUCAAGCCUUACGCAUGCCAGUCUCUUACAGUGCUGCAUCAGUAUAACUGGAACUGUACAUAAUGUGCUCUUUCUUGCUUUCAUUCUUUCUUUCUUGCUUUCUUUCUUGCUUCUCACUCUUUGUGUUUAUUUAUUUAUUUACUUUCUGUGGUUUAAGUUUUAAGGAGUCAAGUCAUUAUUUAUUCAUGAACAGUCGUUUUCUUAAGUGCAGUACUUUUUGUAACGCAAGUGCACAGUGAAGCUGAGUUUUGGCUGUUGCGGGAGAAAACAGCAUGACAGUAUCCUAUUUUGGAAUGAACCAGAUUGGAGAAUGGAAUAUGAUCCUGAACCCCUUUCACGUCUGGAGAAGUGUGGAACGGUUAUAUUAUAUAACGGUAUAAUGUCUUUGUGUUCCAAAAUUCUAUUUGUAAUAAUAAUCCUUGAUGAUAAUCUAAUCCAUACUGCUGCUUUUUUGGUGAAAUGUAAUCCCUGGCCAACCUGUGAAUGAGAGAACUGAAAAUAUGAUGGAUGUACUAGUUGUUCAGAUCUGUAGCUACAUAGUGACUAAACACAAAUAUACAAUUUUA